UCCUGCUCCCAAACUGUCUGGACAGUAAUGUCUGCUGGUGUCCAAGAUACCUGGAAGCUUAUUAAAAUUCCCAAAGUUGAUGUGCCAAAUGAAAUGCAUAGAUUUGACUUCUAUGUGUCAAAUGUUGGCAAAGAUAAUCCUCAGGGAAGCUUUGACUGUGUCCAGCAAACGAACUCCAGUUCCGGAGCCUCACAACUCAGUUGCCUGGGAUCUAUACAGAAUAAAAUUACGGUAUGUGCAACAAGCGAUUCCUAUGCGACGACCCGAGAGCGCUUGACCCAGGCAGAAGAGGAGUCGCGCAAUCGAAGUGCAAAGGUUAUUAAACCUGGUGGACCAUUUUUAGGUAAAAGAGUCCAGGUCAGAAGACCCCCCCAAAGCAUUCCGGAUGCGGUGCCCGAGAGGAAGAGGUCGACCCCCAUGAACCCUGCCAACAUCCUGCGGCGGGCGCAGGGGCACAGCGCUGUGUCGCAGCGGCCCUACAGGGACAGGGUGAUUCACCUGCUGGCGCUGAAGAGCUACAAGAAACCCGAGCUACUUGCCCGCCUGCAGAGAGAUGGUGUCAACCAAAAGGACAAGAACUCCCUCGGGGCUAUCCUUCAGCAGGUAGCCAACCUGAGUCCAAAGGACAAUUCUUACACUCUGAAGGAUUAUGUAUUUAAAGAAAUUCAGAAAGAGUGGCCUGGAUACAGUGAAAUAGAUAAACAGUCAUUGGAGUUAAUACUUUCUAGAAAAUUAAACACACUUCAGAACGCCACCAACACCAGCCAUUUGGAAUCUCCUGAAACUUCUAAAAAAGAUGCUCCAUCAAAUUCUCAGAAGCGGCCUUUGAGUUCCGAUUUCACCGAUCCUCUGCUGAGCAAAAAGCAAAGGAUAUCCCACCUGGCCAGCCGGGUCCCGCUGCCCUUCGGCGGCCAUUUGCCGGGCCCGGGGACGCAGGACCUGCCGGUGGACAGCUUCAGCCAGAACAGCGGUAGCGUCUACGAGGACCAGCGACAAAAAAAUACCUCUCAGACUGCUUUGGGGACCCCGGUGCCCACCGCUGUGCAGGGGGAGCCUCCCAAACCCCCCGGCAAGAAGCACCCGUUGUGGCACCAAAAGCCCAAGAAGGUGAAGGAGCAGGAGGAGAAGGGUGAGAGCACAGCGCAGGACGCUCUGAGCGCCAGCAAGGAGGAGAAGGGCCUUAGAAAAGAAGAAACUGCCAAGCUGGGAGAGUCCUCCUGUUCCAACUCAGGUGAAGGAGCUAAGGAAACUUUCACUGCCUCCACGGAGUCUCAUUCAUCAACAAGUGAACAACCAGACUACUUCCAAAAAUACAUAGCUAUCGUCUCGUAUGAGCAGCGCCAGAGCUACGAGGAUGACUUCGACGCGGAGUACGACGAGUACAGGCACUUGCACGCGCGGAUGGACUGCAUCACCAGGAGGUUCAUCAAGCUCGACAUGGAGCGGAAGCUCGUUUCUCCAGGGUCCAAGGAGUAUCAGAUGCUUCAGGAGGAAAUAGUAGAGGAGUACCAAAAGCUAAAGCAGUCUAGCCCAAACUACUACGAGGAGAAGUACAGGUGUGAGUACCUCCACAACAAGCUGUCUCAUAUUAAGAGACUCAUCGAGGAGUUCGACCAACGGCAAGCAGAGUCGUCGCACUAGCCUUCUGCUGCGACCAGCACGUGUGAAUGGACUGAAGCUUAUUUAUUUAAAAGUCAAAGUUAGUUACUCUAAGAUUCUAAAAGUCAGUAUCAAACUUUUGCAUUACGGAAGUUUCAGUAUUAGCAAGCCUAAGUUAAACUACUUUUGUUAUUGUUGAUGUUGCUUAUAUGCAUUUUUUGAAGCUGCUUUUUCUGGUCCCUUCUUUUCUUCAAGGCUUGUGUUUCUCCAUUGAAAUAAUUUUACCGGUAGGUGCUGGGGACCCAGCACCUCCACUAUGGAGUUGUGCACAUUUUAAGAAAAUAUUGUAGCAAAUUCAAAUGUUUGGGGAUAAACAUAAGUCUGUUUUCUGACCUUUCUUGUUAAUGCAAACUCUUUGCCUUAAGUGGUAGAAAGUUUAGAAAUUUGCACAAAACUUUAAAAAAAAAAAAAACAACAAAAACAACAACCAAACGACGCAACAACAAAUGACAUUGUUUUGGAGGGUUGAAGAGGCAAGUGUACGUGCUGCGUACGGCGCGACAGCAGAGACUCACCCCUGCGACUCAGACCCCCCAUUGCAGUGGUUGCCUUAAGGUGUUUGUGUGUGUGUGUGUGUGUGUGUGUGUGUGUGUGUCUGUGCGUGUGUUACACUCAGUGUGGUUAAAUUAUUAGCUGCACUGCUUCCCCCCUGGGAAGCACCACGUGGCCUGCCCCUGUCCGGGCGCGUGUGCGUGUGCCCUCUGCGAGCGUGUGCGAGAGCGCCUGGCUGUCAGCGUGCCUGAUGGGGAAAAAACUUUAAAAAAAAUAAAAAAAAAUUUAAAAAAUUAAAAAGCUGCUACUCUAAGUAGGCCCAAAUGCUCAGGUUAAAACAACUGACGAGUGUUGCUGUAGGUUUAUUCCUGCAGAAAAUUGCUGUUUCUGUUGUGGAAGGUGAGAGCGUUUCCAUUUCAAUAAGUUUUGUCAGCUUUAAUAAUAUUGGGGAAAUUGAUACUUUACAAAAAAUUAAGCAGAUAUAUAGUUUUGGGGCAAGAUUAUAAGGUUAAACAUGUAGGUUAUCUAUUUAUAUACUGCUAUAAAGUAUUUUUUGAAGAGAGAUAUGCAAAGAAGCUAUUGCCUACAUGUAAUAUAUAUUUAAAGAUUUUUUUGUCCUGGGUGCCAGGAAUAUAACAAAGAACAGAUGUAUUUAACUAUAAAAUACUGUGAUCACCAAACAGCACAAACUUUCAUUUCAUGCAUUUCUUUUUUUUCUUUUUUUCUUUUUUUUUUUUUUUUUGGUUUAUUCUGAGGUAAACCAUUGCUACUUUAUCAUGUGAAAACACAGGUUAUUUGGUCAAAACUGAGCAAAAUCUUUGUGUGUCUUACUGUGUGUGUGUCUUUUCAAAAUGCUGCCAAUUGAAAAGGGAAGCAUUAUGUUUACAAGUCAGAUCUUUGCAACUUUUGCCAAAAUUGUGGUGGUGUUGCUAAUAGACUUUAUCUCCGGCAUCCGAGGAAAAAAAAAACAACAAAAACCAAACCAAAACUGUUGUGUAUCACUGUAAACCACAAAAUGUUCGAUUGCCAGAAAACGUGAGUUCAGGUAAAAUGGUAGCAUUUGAAUUCUUGCCUUAAACUUGGUUUUUUCGCAGACGUUUGCGUUCCGUGGGGAUGGGAUGGCUGUCCAGGUGCGUCCCUUUCCGCUGGGAAUUCCACAGCGGAAUUUGUGUUAAUUACUGGGGAUUGGUGCCCUCGUUUUCGACUCCGCAUUUCAAAUGGCAAGACGAAGAGAAGACUCUUCGCUCUUCCCCCCGGGAGCUGCCUCCUCCUGGGUUUUCAGGCCCCAGCCCUGAGCACAUGGUCAGAGACAAAGCAGCUUUCCAGGCUACAAUAAUGUGAAUUUCCUGAUGCUGGGGGCCUGUUUUUGGCAGUUUUUCUGGACAGUUCCUGUGUCCAACACACACUGCCGUUGAGGGACGCUGUGUUGGGGUGGCUCCUGGUGCCAUCUCUGCGUGACGGGGACCCGCUGUGAUUAAUUGAUUAUUUUUUUUCCCCCGGCCUGGCCUCGACUAUCGGUGUCCCCGGUGUCCGUGUGGUGGCCGGAGCUUCGCGCCGCACCAGAGGUCCAUCCUGUCACCCUCAGACCUGGCGAGCUGCAGAAAAAGCCUUAAUUGGAGGUUUUUCCCCACUCUCAUUGAGCAUUUCUGGAGCCCUCGCAGGGUGACAACCAGCAGCCCAGGUGUGGCACAACAGUGCUGUAAAUCAACUUAUCUCUUGAUUUUCCCUGCUGUUGAUGUUCCUGUUCAGCAAAUGCUGUGAGAGCCCGUUGAAGUGGAGCCUCUGACUGUAUUUUUUUUUUUAUUUUUUUUUUUUAUUUUUGGCCUUUCCUGUAAAACUGGCCAGCUCGCUCAGCAAAAAAUCAACAACAACAAAAAAACCAAACCAGACCGUUGCGCGUGGCGGCGUCUGGGCUGGGAUUUACACUACUGCAGACCCAAAGCAAGUGACUGAUGUAGGGAAGGGACAGCUGCUCGAGUCUCCUUCAUGGAAACUGUGAAUCUCACUACACUUUGUUAAAAAAAAUAAAUACGUCAUCGAAAGGGAGGCAAUAAGCCCUUUUCUAGUGGGCUGAAAAAAAAACCAACGUAGGUUAGAAGGACAGGUUUCCAGUCUGGCUGGGGUUUGAGGGAGAAAAACUGUGCCCAAAGUAAUUAUUUUGGGGUGUUUUUUUGUUUUUAAAAUCAUAGAUGUGUACUCUAAAGUGUCACUUGAAGCAGCUGGCUUGACUGCUUUUAAUUCUUCAGGUCACCUUCUCUGUCGUCAAAAAUAAAUAAUUAAUAACUAUAGUUAAAAAAAAAAAAAAAAAAAAAGUAGUACUCAAAUCUUUCGGAACUGUUCUGUCAAACGCGUAGACAAGUCUUGGGAGCAAGUUCCUUCUGCAGGUUUUAAACAGAAAUCGGGUUAAAGUGUUGAUAUUGUAACUUUUCUUAUUUGUUAGCCUUUUUAAAAUAGUGGUGUUACGACCAGUCUUUCUAGAUACGUAAAUGUUAUUUCCUGCAAAGAAUUAUGGCUGUUUCGGAGUAUCGUUCCUUUCAUAAGUACACUAAGGUUUGUUCCUGUGCCUGACGGGGGAGGGACGUGGCGAUUCCCAGGCCUUCUGGGGAGGAUUUGAUCAAGGGAACGGCAAUAUUUGUGAAGGUGGAGGCUUAAAAUCAGGGCUGUGACUCCCCCCUUUUCUGACUGUGAGAGUAUUUUGCAACUUUUUUCAACUGUUUCCACUCGAACUGUGUUAUGACUCUGUACGUGAAACAUCCCGGGGGGCGCUUCGUGAACCAACGCUCGAGCCAUCGUUGCCCCUCUGUUCUACAUCAAUUCCAGUUCAAUAAAACUUGACUUUCCAAUCCUGA